CCUCUGCAGUACCCUUUUCCUCUCGCAAAACCCCGCACAAGCACAAUCAGAUCCGAUGCUUGUUCACCUUCUCAGAAAGCUUCGCUCGUAGAAGAAAUCGCUUCUGAAUCCACCAUUCGUCCCUUCCAGUUCUCCCCAGAUGGCUUCUUCCAAGCCCUCGUCUCGCUACGCCUCCGUCGAUUCCCAUUCCUCCACUUCAUCCUCCCGCCACUCGUCAAAUCCCUCUCCCUCCUUCUCCGACCAUAAAAUCCCCAGUAAAAACCUCUCCUCUCUGAGACGCCUUCUCGGCAACGCCAGCCGCAGACCGUCCGAUCCGGUGCCGGUCGCUGCCGCGAUGGAGAAUCCCUGCCGUGCCGUCACCCGGGCGAGAUCAGGGAACGCCGUCGCUCUCACGAAAGCCGGAAGCGGCCACAAUUUGGGGUCAGUGGUGAAGAAGAUGAUGGAGAGGAGGCCGGACUCGAAGGCGGGGUCUGCGGCGCUGCUGGUUGUUCCGGCUGAUCUUAUAGCGGAGGACACGAAGAAGACCGCCAAGGGGUCGAACCUUUCGGCCUUGUCCCGGAAGCUGUUUCAGAAGGGGGGGUCUGGAGAUCGGGCGGCGACCAAGGCACUGGCGGAGGCCAAGGCGAACACGCGGACACUCGCGCAGGUGCUUCGCAGCGAGAGGGAGCUUCUCAGCCAAAAUAAGGAGUACGAGGCCGAGAUGUCGGAGCUGCGCCUGCUGCUUGAAGAGAGGAACCGAGAAGUGGAGAAAUUGAAGGAUUUGUGUCUAAAGCAGAGGGAGGAGAUAAAGGCAUUGAAGGAUGCGGUACUCUUCCCUGAUGUCAUGAACUCCCAGCUGCAGGAGCUGCUGCAGCGGCAAGGGUCCGAGCUGAAGCAUGCCAAGCAAGUCAUUCCAAAUCUCCAGAGACAGGUCUCUUCUCUCACCGGACAGAUUCAAUGCCUUGUGGAGGAUCUCGCAGAGGUGAAAUCAGAUAAAUAUUCUGCAAGGGCAUGCUUCGAUGGACAAUAUAGCUUUCCAAGAUCGCCUAUAAUAUUUGAUCAGGAGACAGCUAAUCCUUUGCCUUUGCAGGAUUACAGCUCCAGUGACCCUGUGAGUUCUGAAUAUGGUAGCCCAGAUGAAAUGUUCCUUAAGGAUUUAAAUCCUUGUUUGACCCCAUGCUUUUCAAAGAACAAAUCUAAGGAGUGUGACGAGGCAUCAGGUUGCAUUUCUCCAAACGAAGAUAGACUGUUCUGCAAGAACACUGGAGUUGGUCAAGGUAUAUUUCCUAAGUCUCGUGGAUGUCUAAAAUCAAAGAGUUCGGAGCAUUGUCAGAAGCCUAACUCGGGCAGCAGCAGUGCCCAGAAAAUAUGUAAAUCUGAUGAAAACAAGUGGUCCGUGGGAAAAUCAACCUACCAAAGUCUCUUUUAAAUUAUGCAAGAGCUAAACGUUUGAAUGUUGUAAUUUUAGGGCUUGUGGCCUUUUUUUUUUUAUAUUGUAUCUUCACUUUUAAGAACUUGAAUGUUUGUAUGUCAAGUAGAAAGGGCUACAUGAUUACACUUUUCAUUGGCAUAUUACAGUAAGUUGUCUU